UUCUGGAAGCUUUGCAAUCAAAUAUGUGGGAAGGAAUGGUUCGAGAAUUUCACAAUGUCAAUGAUUCACAUUUAGAGGAACACGAAGACUAUCAAGAGUUGUCUAUUGCACAGUUGAAAUUUGACCAAAAAAAUGAAAAAAAAGAUUUAAUGUCGCAAUUAUAUGACUACAACUCAGCACCCUUUGAUAAUGAUGAUGUUGAAUUCUUUAAAGAUGGAUUACCUUCUCAAAAUGAAGUAGAAUCUAUGUAUAACCACAUUUUUGGCGACUUUGACGAUGAAGAUGGGUUGGAUAAAGUUUUUACUAGAUUGAAUUCGUUGCGAGAACGCGGCAAAACUCUAUCGGAUAAGGAGCGGAGAAAAUUGGCCGCAAGUGUAGCAUGUUCUUUUGGGUUGCAUGUGGGAGAAGAGUGA